CACCGUGACGUCACAGCUCUUUAAAACUACCCGCACUCGGAGGCGCGAGUCCAGCUCCGCGGACCGGGACCGGCGCUCCAGGGCCCAUCGGAACCGGCGGAAGAAGCGGGUCGCCUCGUCAUGGUUCGGGCUCUCAUCAUCGCGAUUCCUUGGCUGCUCCAGAUGUCCGGCACCGACGCGCACUUCCAGAUGACCGGCACCUGCCGCAUGAUCUGCGACCCCUACUCCCCCAAAGCCAGCGCCACGCCUCUGGAGCUCCUGCAGGAAGUGAGUGCGCUUCCGGACCCAAACUAUGCUCACGCGAAUAAAGGCGACCCGGGACGUCCUGGGAAGCCGGGACCCAGAGGGCCACCCGGGGAACCAGGGCCGCCGGGCCCGAAAGGCCCCCCGGGCAGCAGAGGGGUCGCGGGGAAGGCAGACACCGGAGCCGAAGCCGCGCUUGCCAUCGGCGGGGAGAAGAUCGCCUUCUAUGUGGGACUGAAGAACCCGCACGAGGGCUACGAGGUGCUGAGGUUCGACGACAUCAUCACGAACCUGGGGAACGACUACGAGCCCUCCACCGGAAAGUUCACCUGCCAAGUCACCGGGACCUAUUUCUUCACCUACCACGUCCUGAUGCGCGGAGGGGACGGCACCAGCAUGUGGGCCGACCUGUGCAAGAACGGGCAGGUCCGCGCCAGCGCCAUCGCCCAGGACGCGGACCAGAACUACGACUACGCCAGCAACAGCGCGGUUCUGCACCUGGACGCGGGAGACGAGAUCUACGUCAAGCUGGAUGGCGGGAAAGCGCACGGCGGGAACAACAACAAGUACAGCACUUUCUCCGGCUUCCUGCUGUACCCGGACUGACCGGUUCCGAUGACUUGGAGCGCUUGAUGACCAUCCCGCCACCACGGAAUUCAUGACGCGGAUCUCCUUAUGACGUCAUCGCCAUCCUCGUUCGUCACGCAGGGCUUCCUUUGGCAGAACACGGGCCCGUGACCUGACCCGGGUUCCACUGUGGCAUCUCGGCUCGUCUGAUCUCACCGCGGUUACAUUCCAGAAUAAAUGGAAGAAGUGGCUCACGCACCUGUGUCGAUGGUCAAACUCCAGACUGUAUUUAUUCAUGUGUUUGUUUGGACACAAUGUUUUAUUAAACUCUCACACUGGUCACCAUGACGACACUAAUGUGUCACUCUCACACUGGUCAC